CCCACUUCACCCAAUUUCGACCUCCCACCACCUCCCUCCUACCUAGCUCAGUUGGGCAUGCGCAAUUCUUGUCCUACGGAGCCUGCUGGGCUUUUCCCGCCCUUCCUGGGCUUUUGGGGAAGGGUCCGAGUUCGUGCUCUUCUAGGAUCACCGGCUCGAUGUGAGGGAGAUGCGGGACUAACAGGUUGUGGUCAACAUUUCGUUUCUGAAUCUUAAGGGGCAAAGAACAUUCUGCGACUUUAGGCCCAAGGCCAGGAGGCGGGAAGAAGUUGUGUGGGCGGGGUCAGGGGUGAGGGGUCAGAGGGCUGCGAAGGGGGCGGAGCGAACCGGAGGUGGAUGGCGGCUCAUCGUCUUCCGCGGCAGAGGCGCUGAAGCUGGGACGCGAGUCGGGCGCCUCAGGCGGGGGAAAGAGAGCGGCGGCAGCUCCCAACAUGCACAGCCUGGCGACAGCAGCGCCUGUGCCUACUGCACUGGCUCAAGUGGAUAGAGAAAAAAUCUAUCAGUGGAUCAAUGAGCUAUCCAGCCCUGAGACGAGGGAAAAUGCUUUGCUGGAACUAAGUAAGAAGCGAGAAUCUGUUCCUGACCUUGCACCCAUGCUGUGGCAUUCCUUCGGUACUAUUGCAGCACUUUUACAGGAAAUUGUAAAUAUUUAUCCAUCUAUCAACCCACCCACUUUGACAGCACACCAGUCUAACAGAGUCUGCAAUGCUCUGGCAUUACUGCAAUGUGUGGCAUCACACCCAGAAACCAGGUCAGCUUUUCUUGCAGCACAUAUCCCACUUUUUUUGUACCCCUUUUUGCACACUGUCAGCAAAACACGUCCCUUUGAGUAUCUUCGGCUCACCAGUCUAGGAGUUAUUGGGGCCUUGGUGAAAACAGAUGAGCAAGAAGUAAUCAACUUUUUAUUGACAACAGAAAUUAUUCCUUUGUGUUUGCGCAUUAUGGAAUCUGGAAGUGAGCUUUCUAAAACGGUUGCCACAUUCAUCCUCCAGAAGAUCCUCUUAGAUGACACUGGUUUGGCUUACAUAUGUCAGACAUAUGAGCGUUUUUCCCAUGUUGCUAUGAUCUUGGGUAAAAUGGUCCUGCAGCUAUCCAAAGAGCCUUCUGCUCGUCUACUGAAGCAUGUAGUAAGAUGUUACCUUCGACUCUCAGAUAAUCCCAGGUUUUCAGAUUUGACUUUCUGCUGUUCAUCAUUUCAAAGAAAAUGAAACAUUUAAAGUUCAUCUGAUAAUGCUGCUACCAUAGUUUUGUUUUCAUGAUUCAUCUCUUAUUAAGGUUUUUAAUAUAAAAUUGAAACUAUUUCUGUAAAGACAUAAGUUGAUAAGUUAGAAUAGAAUGAAAAUUCGUUAUCAUAUAUAAGUGAGGUCAUACCUGCUGUUAAUGGUUUUUGGAAUAUUUCAUUUACUAUAAUUCAUCUAUUUUAACAUGAUAUUUUGACAUUAUUGAUUGUAAUAAAUCAAAAGCAGUUUGAAAUGAAGUAAACUAUUGCACCAUUUUAUUCCAUUUUGCUUUGCAUGAAAUUCUACACUGGGACAUCAUUCUGAAAAUGUUUGCAGACUACAGAUCCUAGAGAUCUUUGAACCAAUGUCUGAUACAAGCUUUAGAGUAUUUUAAUGGCUUCUUAAUAUAACUUGACAGAGUUAGAUUCCCAAAUACUGUAUAUUUGUGUCUAAGAAAGGGGCUCUUCCCUAGCCCCCAAAUCUGGGUUUAUUUGUUGGUCUCCCUGGUUGGUUUGUUUUUUUCUGAUGUAGGGCACGUGAAGCACUCAGGCAGUGCCUCCCUGACCAGCUGAAGGACACAACCUUUGCCCAGGUGCUAAAAGAUGACACCACCACGAAACGCUGGCUUGCACAACUGGUGAAGAACCUGCAAGAGGGCCAGGUCACCGAUCCCCGGGGUAUUCCCCUGCCCCCUCAGUGAUCCUCCCCUGUCUCCUCCCACUGCUCCCCCAAGUUGGGGAAGGGAGGGGAAACCACGAGGAAAACAGCUCAGGUUUUAUCGCCGACCGGGAAUAGACAACCUCAAUGCUGAACUGCACUGGAGAAAAGGGGCAAGGUACCCCUGCUGAGGUGUGUGGGCUGUCAUCUCAGGCUGCCUUGAGGACCUGGGCUCCCUCGGCUACUCCUGGGAAAUGGGCUCCUGACACAGCAGUCUGCCACCACAGCCCCAGAAGGGUGUCAGCACCAGCAAAUGCUGUAUUUGCAGCAUGCCCAAGAUGACCCUGCUCCCCCCUCCUCUGCCUAGCUAUUGGCAGAGAGGGGAGACAGUGGUAAUAGCAGCAGCACUCUAGGCAUGGUGAGCGCCUGGGACCAAGCCAUGUGGCGUUUUUUACUUUGCCUUCCUGGAAGACUCAAGAUGUGUCUCUUAAUUCUCUCUCUCAGUAUUUGUUUACUUCGGUUUUUUUGUUUUUAACCUAGAGAGAGGUGUGUUAGUGGACACAAGCUGUAAUUUUCAGCAAAACUUAGUUGGCACUGUUUACAAGUCUGUUAGCUGCAUAAGCUCAAUAAAAAGUUGGUCUGGGCAUUACAUCCCCUCUGGCAGGCCAAUAGCUGCAUCAGGCUGUUGGGAGGAAUGGGAGGCAGGGGAAAGAUGUAGAGCCAAAGGACAGCAGGAAAACUCCGCUUGUUUCCCUCCUUCCAUUCUUCUGCUCCUACUCCUGGGUGCCAUGAGGACCUUAACCUUGUUUCUGGCUUUAACUGCUAGUUUUUCCAAAUCGCAGUGCUUUUCCUUUUCCAUUUCCCUCCUAUUAAACUUAAAAUAGAUGUCUUAACUCAUCUGCUAUCCUGAAAGGGUAUUAUUUUGUGGAAAGAGGGGUGGGAGUCUUCAAAUUCAACUGUUCAGAGAUAUAUUCCAGAUGACAUUUAAAUGAGAGGUGCCUGGGAUUAAGGUGCUAGGUCACCUGAUCCCAUUCUUUUAGUAUGAAUUUCAGGAUUCCAUCUGUCUUCAUGAUUGUAUUUGAAGCAGUAUUAGCUGAAUGGCUGUAUUUUAUUCACAUUUAAGAUGGAGGACUGGACUCUGCUUGCUGACUCAGUCUUUUUUUUUUUUUUCUUUUGUCCAUGGGAAUUACAGGGUUGUCACUAAAAUAUUUUUCACUUGUUCAUAUUGUGUUGGAGAAUUUCCCUUCCUUUUCCUGAGCUUUAGAUUGUUCUGUUCACAAUCCACAGGCUUGAACCUAAUCUAUUAUAAUCUGCCUUGCCUUCCCCAGUCCUUUCCUGUUAGUACCUGCUCUCUGUCAUCCCCAUCUCCAGUCAGAGAUGGGUUUGCUGGUCCAGCUCUAGAGAAGGACCAAGUCUUUUCUGUCCACAUCUCAUACAAUUGAAGAUAUAGUCUCUGAACAAAUUUGAGGAGGAUCUACAAGGGCAAGUUCAGAAAUCUUUUGCAGAGGCAGUAUUGCCAACUCAAGGGCUCUUUCAAGCCGACUUUCACAAAGGAAGCCGGCCUUGUUAGUUGGCUCCUGUCUCGUUAAAGCCAAGAAAGCAGUAAAUAGCCUAGAUGUAGGAAGGGUAGAAUAAGCACUUAUUCCUCUGCCUUCCAAAAUGAAGAGGAGAACCAAAUCUGAAGAGGAGAGGUCUUGGAGAAAGCAGAAACUAGCAUGGACUAGAUAAGAUGUCUUGACUUCCUUCAGCCCACAGCUUGUGAUCUGGAGAGCCCACCUAGGGUAACCCUGAUUUUUGACAACCGCCUUCCUGCUGAGCCAAAGUUUUCUCAUUCCCCCUCCACUGGGGAAACAGCUGAGGCCCAGGGCCUUGCUCCCUGGAACAUUCUCUCCAUCUUUCGGUGCAUUGGCCAUGUUACUGUGCCAAUAGUGUCUUAAUUCUUGUCCCAUCUAUUCUCAGCAGGCCUUGGAACCCACGUAGGAGUUGUUGGGGGAGGGGCAGAAUGGGUGUUAUUCCUUGUGGUUGGUCUUGAUGUUUUGUGUAUUGUAUAAAGAGACCCCUCCCCUUAUUUUGUGUUUUCCAUCCCUCUCACUCAACAGGACUGAAAUAAAACAUGCUUCUGUUUUUGUAAAAAUAA